AUGGAACACGAAGGAGAGGAAUUUGAAGAGGUUCACUUUGAAGAUGAUGGUGAGGAGCCGAUGGAUUCCGACGGAGAAAUGGACGAAGCGGAUGAUGGAGACCGAGACGCUCAGUAUGGAAAUGAUGGAGAGGAAAUUGAAAAUGCGACGUACAUCUUCGACCGUCAUUCGCAGCCCGUUCAAGUCGUCAUGGCCAGCCCGUGUGGUCGUUAUGUUGCAACUGGUGCGGAGGAUGACCGUGGCUUUGUUGUUGACACGACCAAUGGCGAACUCAUGAUUGCCUUUUUUGGACACAAAGAAACGAUUUUCGCCUUGGCUUGGAAUUGCGACUCUUCCCUCGUCGCCUCGGCCGACUUAUCCGGCGAGGUGAAGGUCUGGUCGUUGAAAGAAAAGAAGAUGGUUUUCAGCGCGAACGAAGGCGGUUUCGACAACGGCUACGGAUUCGUCAAGUUCCAUACAGUAGCUCCCAACGCUCUCCUCGUCGCUCUGGAGGACGGGAACAUCUACAUGUACAACGUCAAAGACGGCAACUUCAAAAUGUACACAGGUCCCGUUGGGGUCGCGUGUCGCGCUGGCGAGUUUAUCGCUGACAAUAAACAGCUACUUGUGCUUUACGAGGAUGGAUCAGUUCGCAAUUUCGACCUCAAGACGCAGGAAGCGCUUUCGACGGCGCAGGGAAAAUCGAACGAAGCGAUCUCGCUCGUUGUCGGAAAAAGCUACAGUCUCGUCGGCUUCGCUGAUUGUACUGUUGGCCUGCUUGUGUCGACUCCAGAAGGGCUCAAGUUCGCGGAUCACUUCAAACCGGAGGCGAAUGAGAAAAAGGAAGAAGGAGAAGAGCCACAUCCGAUCGAAGCGGUCGACAUUUGGAGUGGAAAUGGAGAUUUGUUUGCUGCGGCGAGUUUAUCCGGAUUUCUGUACAUUUAUGAAAACAGGAAAAUACGACUGAAGCUAUUUCAUCCAGACGGAGUCAAUAGGGUGAAGUUUUGCCCAGGAGAUAAACCACGGGUGAUAACAACAUGCUUAGAUGGAAAAUUGAGAAUCUGGGACUGCCGUAGUGGCGAUUUGCUCAUCACGCUCCAUGGUCACCGUGAUCAAAUCCUCGACAUGACUCUAGUCGGUCAUUGCUGUGCCACCGCAUCCGACGACACUACUGUAAGAUACUGGGAUCUCAAUGAGCUCGAAGAAAAUCCUUCCGUCUGA